AUGUUUCGAGCUGUUCUUGUCGUUUCUCUUUGCAUUUCGGUCGUUUUCUCCUAUGGAGGAAUACGGGAAACAACCGGAGAUGAUAAAGAAGUGCAGAAAGCUGUCGGCUUUGCCAUGAACAAGCUGAAUGCAAUGUCAAACAACUAUUAUCGGUACAUGGCGUUUGAAACCAUCGAUGCUACAAAACAGGUUUGAAGCAAUUUUGUGCUUUUACCGUACACAUUUUCUACAUAUUCUGAAUAAAGCAAGUAUUUUUAGUAGUAUUGUGCUUGUGAAAGUGUAAGUUUAUUGUUUUAUUUUUAAGUUCUAAGUGCUAUCUUUAUGUUUUUGUCACGGUUAAUUGCACUCAAUUUCAAACAAAAUAAAUACACUUGUACUUGUUUUGACAUGAAAUUUUGUAAAUAUAAGAUGCAAAAUUUUGGAUUUAAUCGCGCUUUAAAUUAAAUUUAAUUCAAUUCUUAUAAUGUAGUGUAUUUGGUUUGCGUUUUAUACAUUUAAAACUGUAUUUUUAAACAUUUUUUGAAGGUUGUUUCUGGUAUGAACUAUUGUGUAGUUGUCGCAGUAGGAUCAUCCACCAAAUGUCCAAAAAGCCCUGAUAAUGUUGACGCGACUUUGGAUGAAUGCCCUGUCGAAAAGAAAGAGGUACUGUAUAUUAACAAAACAUCUGUGUUUGUAUUUAAUACUGUAUGAUGUGUCAUUUAUGAGAUAAGGUCAGAUCUCAAAUGUAGAUGUUGCAAUGUAGAUCAGUAGAUGUUGCAAUGUACUUUGUCGCGUGAUGCUGUGACGCAAAUGUAAUUUGAUACUUUUAUGUCAUUCAAUGUCAUUCUCAGAUAUGUUUAGUAACCCAUUGAGUAGCAUUGCGCCCUACUUAUAUUUACUCUAACGCCAGAUGAUUGUACUUGUCAAGGGGAGAGCGCUGGCGCUUAAUGGUUUAACUGACCUAUCUAGCUACCCAUGUGUCUAGUUAAUCCAUUGAGUCACAUUGUGCCAUGAGCACUCUACUUUAUUAUUUUACUUUGUCUAAGGCCAGACUAUAUUUUACUCUAUCUAACACCAGACAAUUUCACUUGUCAUGGGGAGAGCGCUGGCGCCUAAUGGGUUAAUGUCCGAUUUUAGGUUUUUCUGAAUGCUAAUAGUGAAAAUUGUCAGUUGGUGUUGUCAUCAGAAGAUCUCUAUGUUUGCUACAUGUUAUGCAAAUGCCAUUAACCAUUAAGUUUGCUUUGCACCCUAAUGCACGCUACUUUGUUAUGUAUUUUACUCUGAACAAUUUUAUUCAUCAAGGGAGUGCAUUGGAAAUUUGCCUGACAAAUCACAGUGUGUAAACACACCUUUAGGUUAGCCUCCUGUGCCAUAGACGCUAUGUGGUAGAUUGCUGCCGAUAAGCAGUUCUAUAUAUUUUACACAAGUUUUAUUGUGACCUGUAAUAUGUUACAUACAAAUUCGCACCAAUAUGAGGCAGCGAGAAGGCAGGCUGGUUUGCUGGUACAACACAGCACAAUUUAGUUAACCAUUGAUGUCCGGCCAAAACUUUCCACUCAAUCCAUAAACCAAGUUGCCGUUUUCUUGUAGAUGGAGUGUCGUUUUGUCGUCUGGGAGCGAAGUUGGCUUCAUGACCCAGAUGAGCAAAUGAAACUGACAGAACAAAAAUGCUCUACAGAUGAACAUUUGACAUGUUCUGAGGGUGUUGUGAGCAUGAAGAAUGAUAUUAUGGAGGAAGAAAUGGAUGUGAGUAAUGACAUUCAGGAGAUUAAAGAUUUGUAA